AGCCCGCGGCCGGCCCCGCGGGCGGGCCGGCGGCUCCCGCGCACCGCGCCGGACGCAGACCGGACGCGCAGAGACGCGUGUGCGUGCGAGGCGAGCGUGGGUGCGUGCGUGCGGUCAUGGCGGAGUGGGGCGCUCACCGGCCCCAGGGGACCGCCAUUCAUUUCUUUGUGGUCGGCAAGCGAGUGGUGGUUCUGGACACGGUUAUGGAGGCGCCUGGAAGCGGCCAGCAGAAGCCGAGACACCCUGGAAGAAGCCAACAUCAGUUAAUGCCACCUGAAAACAUUCAGCCACAGAAGGAGCAGACCAGUAGCAGUCAGCGGCAGACUGAGAGGCCAGGGUUGAGUCAGACGAAGCAGUCUGUGGGCACAAGUAGCCAACAAGAUGCCAAACAGACUAGCAGUAACCAGCAGGAGACGGAGCAGUCUGGCAGUAGCCGUCAGCAUACGAAGCAGGCUAACAGCAGCCAGCAGGGGACAGCACAGCCUAACAGCAGCCAACAUCAGCAGGAGCGGCCGGAGCUGUUCAUCCCCAAGCAAUGCGCCGAGAUGGUCGUCACGUGCCCUCCGAGAUCGUUCACCGGGCUCGGCUCCGAGCUGCUGGUCAAGGAGAUCAACAUCCAUACUCUGGUGGAGUUCAUGACCCUGAGCUCCGGUGGACUGCUGGCCGCUCUCUCCGGGUCCAUCGUGUGGAGAACUCCCGGUGAUAUCUCCAAACUCAUCAUGCACGCCCGCAAAGCUACCUACGCCGACGGCAGUCUGGUCUGGGACGUGCUGCCCCACCUGGUGGUGUCACCAGGCGAACCGCUGGCGCAGCUGGUCAAGACCAGCCGACAAUUGAAGAUGCUGACCGCAAACAUGCAAAAGGAAAUCAGGAACUACGUGGCCAUGCUGGUGGCUGACGCCGAGGAGAACCGACUACCGCUGGGUCUGCUCCGCCACCUGAUCAGCUUCCUGGGCAGCCCACCGAACGGCAAAAUCACCAGGGAAGCCAGAAGCCGACGCCAACCAGCUAGGAGCGUCGCAGUGCCUACCUACCAGGGUGCGCGUCCCCGCUACAUCGAGAGUGCCGCAGUGCCGAGUUCAACAUACCAGGGAGCUCGUCCCCGUCACCCACUGGUGCAUGCUGAGCUGGAAGCGGGGCUGGCGGGCUGCGACGAGCGGUCGCUGCUGCCGACGUUCUCGUACCGACGGCUGGACCGGCGGCUGGCAGACCAGGUGGUGCAGUAUUUCUCCAGACCGGAAGCCGCCGUCUGGGAGGGGUCGGCGUUCAGCGAACUCUGGCGCCGGGAGCUGGCCACCCAGCUACGGUGCCGCAACAUCGCCCGGGUGACGUACGCCGUCCACAACCGGCGGCGGCUGAGCGAGCAGACGCACCGGCGCUGCGUCAAACAGGAUGUCAUGCGCAUGAGCUGGACCCAAGUGCAGGAAGUGAAGAGACACAUCAAGCGUUGUCUGCGAAAACCUGAGCUUCCUGUUCGGGAGUCCGAGUCACCGGCUUCAACUUCAACCUCGCCUGCGUCGAGCUCCAAGUCGCGCACUUCGAAAUCAAAGCAAUCUGCUUCAAGCUCUAAAUCGCGCGAUUCAAGCUCCAAGUCAACAACCCCAAAGGAUCCGAAGCAGAAGGCACCGGAGAAGAAAAAACCACCAAAGUAUCCUUAUCCUCUGGGAUGGAGGAUACUGAACUUCUUUCGUGGAAUACCGGAGCCGGUAAGACUAAACACCAACAUGCUGGUGUUUCCGCCGACACACCUGCCGAAAAGCAAGGAGUCUCAACAAAAACCGCAGCACCACUUUGCACCGCGCGGAACACCCUCAGGAAGUCGAAGGAAUCCUGUUCAGCCUGGCGAGCCACCAAACGGUUUGCUGCAGGUCGUCGCGGCGCAAGUACACGAAGUGCACAAUGCACAAGCCCACCAGCCGGUAAACGUGCGAGAGGAGCCGCCCGCGCAAGCCUGUUCAUCCGCCACGCCCGCUGAACCGCCAUAUGGUCGCACUCUGGAGUACUACCGGUAUGCCCUGCUUGGCAGACAUGCUGCGGUCAUCCUGAAGGGUCGGCAGCCCUUCCAGAGACCCGUCCGCGGGCUCCCUCCGCGCUCUCCGCUGGCCGAUCCGACUCCGCCGCCGCUGCCGCCCUCAGGAACCACGGCUCCGAUCCCGCGGCGACGCAUCCGGCCCGGUCGGUGGGCUCAGCAGAUGGAUUCCCUGCUGGCACCCACCGCCGCAGAGCAGGAUCCCUCCCAGGAUGACGCUGAAGAUGUCGCACCGCCACCUGUCGAAGAGGAGCUACUGUUCUCGUCACGGGAGCUGCAGAGGGCGCUCAAUUACCGCUGGAGGACGGUCUUUUUGCUUCGACACAGGCCGUCAGAGUCCCUGUGGACGCGCAUAACGAGAUUCCUUGGCUUCGACGAGGUCACUCCGAUGGUAGACGUCGAAGAAGUGGGAGAGGAGGCAACAGAGGCCAGCGUCAGAGCUAUCCUGAGCUACCAAAGCAAACUGCCGCCCAUGAUGCGCUGCCAGCUUCUGCUGGAGAGCUGGUGCCUGUGAGUCGCGGGCGACAACAGGGCUGAAGGCAGGUCCUGCGCUCGCAACGCUGCAGAGAUGGCGAGGUCGCUGGGCUGCCGGAUGCAUUCUGCCGGGGAUUGUACGGUUGGAUGAGGAAAUGCGCGGAUCAAGAUGUCAACAGGACAGUGUCGAGCUAGGGAAAAGGUUCAAGCAAAAAUAUGUUUUUUUUCGAAUGACACAAAUCGAUCCUCAGAAGAAUGGUGUAAGAUCCUCGUUUACGGUCGCCAUUGCUCUGAAUGUGUGCUUGUGAAGGUUUGGUGUGUCGUUGUACAAAGUUGUCUGUUGUCCAUGUAUUUAACCAGUCUGCUAUUUGUGCGUGAAUUCUCAUAAACUCAGGCCAAGCGGUAACGAACUCAGGAAACACUGCUUUAAUUUGUAUGCGUUUUACCGGCAUAGCAACGGUCAUUUAUCACUGAUGACAUUGCGUGUUUUAGCCAGGAUAUACGCAUUGUGUUGUAGUCUUAGUAUGAGCAUUGCAUUGACGCGGCAAACCUAUUGAAAGUUUGUUCGAUAUUUUCAUUUCAAUUUUCAACUUGUUCUGCCACCAAUCUGCCUACAAACGAUGCAUGUGAAAUUAGUUCCUGAUACACAAUAAGGAUGCCUUUUCGUUUAUUGUACAAAUAUAAUUGUUCAAAUCCGUGAAAGAUGUAAGGCUGAAACAGAGUGAAAUAAUUUGUAGCGCGAGCCGCGAGUGGUGAUCUUGUUUCGCUGUACUACCGCUGUCCUCGUUCAAACGACAGACAAUACAUGUCUUAGCUAUGGAAAGCUUUGAGCCUACAUCAAAUUUCAAAAUACAGCGUGGUAAAUAAACGGUACUCGACUAAAA